AUCUACCCUCAAUCGCCUGGAGAAUGGCAGGUUGCCCUCCGUGCCAUAAAGCUCCUCUAUGCCCAGCGACAAUACAAGCAGUGCACUGCGCGCGUCUCGGAAAUGCUCAUGACCGCGCCAGAGCCAAUCCAUCCUGUUCACCAGACUUUCCUCUACUUCUACAGCGCCAUCUGCUAUGAGGCAAUGGGCCUUUCCGCUCACAAUUACUCUCACAGCAAGCUCCCAUUGCUGCACUCUGCUCUAGACUGUUUCAUCAACUGCAGUGCUGUCUUGCCGUAUCCCGUCCCAACCACCGAGCGCUACUCGCACCUGUCCGAGGCCUUAUUUACUUCAGUCGCCUCGGAUUCGUCCUCGUAUUCUGACUCCCCGGGAUCGAGAACUAGGCCCUCGAGCCUUGCAAGCAGCCUUGCGGAUAUGAUCGAACGAUCUCUUAUCUACGGCAGCGUGGAUGAGGAUCCGUUUGUCUCACACGAGGGCGAUGAUGAAGCUAAGCAAUUUCAAGAGGAGCUAUGCACAGGGAUUCUAGCUACAAGCGCCAGUCAAAGCCACUUAGUUCCAUCUCCCUUGAAUGUCAGAAAACCUUCCGGGGCUUCUACCAGUGAUUUACAUGCUAUGGCAAGUCGCCCGAUGGACAGCAGUGCCGGCACAAGCAAGAUUCCUCUUGCUCGUCCACCUCCCCGGGUCCCCCUCAAAGUUGCUCCACGACACGUUCAAACCCCUUCUCCCGAACCUCGACACGAGGCACACCUCGCAGAAGCCAUUUCUAGCUUGGAAGAAGGGCGGAGAAUUCUUCCAUACCCCACAGAGUACUCCAACCAUAUCUCGAACUACAACAGCAGUAUACGCUCUCUUAAUACCCAGAUCGCCUCAAGCAUCACCACUAUCCGGGCCAUGAUAGAGGAAGUAAACGAGAUGCAGCACGCGCGCCGUGUAUCGAAGAGCAUCCGACGCUCAGCUUCUUUCUGGAGCUUCAGUCCUGUGAAGGAGGGAGAUCGAAAUUCUUCUUCGUUAGCUGUAUCUCAUGCCAAGUCUGCGGAUAACAGCUCGGGACGAGUACUCGUCACAGAGAGCAUGGAGCAGCGGAUUGAGAGGCUACGCAAUGAAGGGUGGCAGACAGUCGGGACCAAGUCUCGACGACGAGGGUGGAAGGGAGAGGAGUACUACCGGGCCUACUGCUCCAGGGUCUUGGAAGAGCUAUAUCUGAAG